AUGUCAGUCCGCGAGUAUCUUGAGCUUGAGGCAUUCGUAACUUCAGAAAAACUCGAAAGACACAAAUCGGACGCUCAUUCCCGACCUAGCCCUGGGCCUUCGGUAGUGAAUGGUGUAACGGCCCCACCACCUCCACCUCCACCGCAGGCAAACUUGCUAUCAACCAGAGAGACACCUAGUGGUCCCUCUUGCGAUCAGUGCAACGAGCGCUUCAGGUCCCGGACCGACUUAGAUCGUCACAUCAGUUCUUUUCAUGGGUAUUCAUGCUCUAAAUGCCCCGAGCGAUUCCCGUCCUUGCAGGAAUGGGGUCAGCACUUCAAGGCUAAACACCAGAGUCAGUCUAAUGGCGCAUUAGCGGGACAUAGCAGUCCUCCGGUUGUCCCGAUCGCUCGUGCGACAAGUUCUCUGUCUAAUCUUACUGGGAUGCCGUCACCGAAGCAGCAGAAUGGCGUCGUGUGUGGCCAAUGCAACAAAAAGUUCAAAAGUAACGAGGCUUUACAAGCACAUGUAGCUGCGAAGCAUCCUAGUGGACCCAGUUGCCGUGUAUGUCAGUAUAGGGCCACUUCUGCGGCAGCAUUGGAGGCACACGUCAACGAGCUUCACUGCUGUACUAUAUGUCAGGACAGCAUCGUCAGAGAUGCCAAAACACUAGAAGAUCAUAUGGUUGGACACACGCACCCUUUUCGGUGCAAGACAUGUGAAACCACGUACCGCUCGGAGGGAGAGCUUUCUGCUCAUUUUACCUCCUCUGACCAUCAUCCACUCUGUGCAAAAUGCGACACCGGCUUCGUGGAUGAUGCCGCCUUAAAAUCUCACUGUAAGCGCGGUUCAUCCCUCCCUCCCGUAUGCAGAGUCCUCGCGAGGAAGUCGCAUGUCCUCGAAUGUCCUGAACUGCUGGCUUCCCAAGUUGCUUUGGAAGCUCAUUUGGCCGAAGUCCACCAUCCGAUUUUUGAAUGCCACAUAUGUGGGGAAUCAUACUCGGUGCAGGUGUUUACGUCGACUGCAAAAUCCCUGGAGGAGCACCUGGAAGAACACCGUAAUCCUUAUCGCUGCGUGCUAUGCGGUGCUCGCUAUGUCGAGGAAGAGUUGCUCUUUCAACACUACAAAGAGUCUUCGAAUGACAUUCACCCUGUUUGUAUGCGAUGCGACCUAGGUUUCGAAAGUGAUAACGCUUACAAUAUUCAUGUGGUAGAAGUCCAUCGGCCAACCCCAUGUGAAGCGUGCGAAGGCCUGGUCGUGGAUGAGGGCGAUCUUCCGUUGCAUUAUCUGUCGUCUAAGAGGCACCACCCCGUCUGUGAGACAUGUCAAGUGGGAUUCAAGAAUAUGUUUGAUUAUGCGGAGCAUGGUGCUUCGCAACAUCCAGAUUCCCAUUGUUAUUUGUGCCGGUGGCAAUUUGAUUCUUCCGACGCGUUGCAGAGUCACAUCAGGCACUUUUCCAACCACCCAAAGUGCGUCAGUUGCGAUCUUCGCUUUGCUGACGUGGAAACGUACCAACACCACUUGUUUUCAAUUCACUGUCCUAAGGCUGAUGACAACACCGCAGUGCCCACCCAAAUAGGUGACGAACAUCAGCUUUCGCUGCCGGCUUUGGCCGCUCAGCACAACUGGACAGUUGAAAACCAACCGGGACAUAGCACCGAAGCCCAUAGCCCUCUGUAUGCUUCUUCUAUGCCGCUUCCCCCCAGUACGAGCGGUUACUCUAGCCCGACAUCUCAGAACGUCCACUCAGAAAACUCGUAUCAACCGGAUGCUCAGUCAUGCAGUUCUACACUCACUAUUGACCAACCCUCUCCCACGGAGGGCGAGCUGCGGAAAUUUGUUCCUCCGUCUCUGAAUGUGGAUACGGACAAAUAUGCUGACAGUUAUCAGGAGUUUAACCAUUCGCCCUUGUCGAUGGUGCCUGCCGUAGGAACACCUUUAUUAUCGAGUGCACAGACAAUGCCGUCUUUCGACUAUCGAAGUCCGUUCAGUCCCCGCCCUGAUGGACCUCCCGCCCUUCGUCCGACUCCUGCCGUUAAUGGUGUGACCGAGGGAUCUGUACACUUCCGAGGCGAAGACAGUAGUGAUAGCUCUUUUGCACGCUCUCCUCCCUUGAUUUCUCCCGGUGUCAAGUUGCCCAGUCCAGCAUCCGAAUCUCCGACAUCCUCAGGUUGGACGAGCGAUAGCGGCUCCGUUACAAAACUGUCACUUAACUCCCGCGUUUCGUCUCAUCCGAAUAUUUUUUCGGGGGCAGACAAGUCUGUCUCGGUUCUGCAGGUAUCUGAUGUGGUUCAUAACCUGCCAUACAGUAUGCCCGCAUCCACGAGUCCCAUCUCACCGGAGUCUGCGGGAAUCAGCGUUUCCGCUGUCACCCAAACACCGGAGUACCUUCGGGAAGCAAGAGCUUACUUGCCCAUCACUCACCCAACAUCACGAGUCUCGUCACCGUCUGUCCCACACAGUCCAACCAAUUCCUCGCCGAUCCUCUCUUCAACUGGACUUGCAGUAGCAGGAGACAGUGGCAGACGCCGUGAAGUCCGCUUCGAUGAAAAUAUCAUGUCGGAGACGGUGUGGGAUCGAGAAUCUACCUCGAGUGAUCCAUCGCUAGACAUUCCCGUAUCCUACCGAAGGCCAAAUGGGGUUUACGCAAGAAAACACGGUACCGAGUGUUUUCUAGUUUCAUUUUCGAGCCUAACCUGGAAGUACAGGCACGAGCAAAUUGCCUAG